AUGGCUAGUUCGUGCGUUGUGAAUCGAGACAUAGCAAAAAUACGAGUUGUUUCAAUGGAAACUGACCACGAACUGCGUCUAUCGCGAAAAGCGAUAGCGUUCGGCGCGUGGACAGCUGGGUGCCUGCUAGCUGUCGCCGCGUGGACAGCUCGGUGCCUGCUAGCUGUUGCCGCGUGGACUGCUGGGUGUCAGCUAGCUGUCGCCUUAGUUCAGGGCGGUAUUGGGUAG